AUGUUACCCCAGGUUAAACAUCAUCUAUCAAAUCACUUUUAUUUUAUGUUGGGAACUUUCUUUCUCUCUCUCUCUCUCUCCUUCCCAACACGUCAACAACAACCAACGCCAACCUUGACCAUCAAUGCCUGCAGCAUCCAGCUCACUCCUGCAGCUUCCAGCUCACUCCUGCAGCUUCCAGCUCUCUCCUGCAGCUUCCAGCUCUCUCCUGCAGUUUCCAGCACUCCUGCAGUAUCCAGCUCACUCCUGCAGCUUGCAGCAUCCAGCUCACUCCUGCAGCUUCCAGCACUCCUGCAGCAUCCAGCUCACCCCAACAGCUUCCAGCGGCCUCCAGCUCACCCCCUGCGGCACUCCACUGACGUCCCGCUACCUAUUCCAGCACCUGCUGAUGACCUAAUCCAGUGCCUACUGACGACCAGCGCCCGUUUCCCGAACAAACGACCUCUGUCGUCUUACCAUCCACCGCUCGCUAAUAAAGACACGGUUUCCAUCGUCUACAACGGACCAUCUGUGUUUGUCAUCCUUCUUUGCUAUUGCUAUCUCCUUGCCUUUGUGUCCCCUUUUUAG